AUGGACGUGGACGUGGACGUGGACGUGGACGUGGACGUGAACGUGGACGUGGACGUGGACAUGGACGUGGACGUGGACGUGGACGUGGACGUGGACUUGGACGUGGACGUGGACGUGGACGUGGUCGUGUACGUGGACGUGGACGUGGACGUGGACGUUGACGUGGACGUGGACGUGGACGUGGACGUGGACAUGAACGUGGACGUGGACGUGGACGUGGACGUGGACGUGAACGUGGACGUGGACGUGGACGUGGACGUGGACGUGGUCGUGGACGUGGACGUGGACGUGGUCGUGGACGUGGAGGUGGACGUGGAGGUGGACGUGGAGGUGGAGGUGGACGUGGAUGUGGACGUGGACGUGGACGUGGAGGUGGACGUGGACGUGGACGUGGACGUGGACGUGGACGUGGUCGUGGACGUGGACGUGGAGGUGGAGGUGGAGGUGGACGUGGACGUGGACGUGGACGUGGACGUGGACGUGGUCGUGGACGUGGACGUGGACGUGGUCGUGGACGUGGACGUGGACGUGGACGUGGACGUGGACGUGGAGGUGGACUUGGACGUGGACGUGGACGUGGACGUGGACGUGGACGUGGACGUGGACGUGGACGUAGACGUGGACGUGGACGUGGACAUGGACGUGGACGUGGACGUGGACGUGGACAUGGACGUGGACGUGGACGUGGACGUGGACAUGGACGUGGACGUGGACGUGGACGUGGACAUGGACGUGGACGUGGACGUGGACGUGGACGUGGACAUGGACGUGGACGUGGACGUGGACGUGGACGUGGACGUGGACGUGGACAUGGACGUGGACGUGGACGUGGACAUGGACGUGGACGUUGACGUGGACGUGGACGUGGACAUGGACGUGGACGUGGACGUGGACGUGGACGUGGACAUGGACGUGGACGUGGUCGUGGACGUGGACGUGGUCGUGGACGUGGACGUGGACGUGGACGUGGACGUGAACGUGGACGUGGUCGUGGACGUGGACGUGAACGUGGACGUGGACGUGGACGUGGACAUGGACGUGGUCGUGGACGUGGUCGUGGACGUGGACGUGGACGUGGUCGUGGACGUGGACGUGGACGUGGACGUGGACGUGGAGGUGGACGUGGAGGUGGCCGUGGAUGUGGACGUGGACGUGGACGUGGUCGUGGACGUGGACGUGGAGGUGGACGUGGACGUGGAGGUGGACGUGGACGUGGUCGUGGACGUGGACGUGGUCGUGGACGUGGACGUGGACGUGGACGUGGACGUGGACGUGGACUUGGACGUCGACGUGGACGUGGACGUGGACGUCGACGUGGACCUGGACGUGGACAUGGACGUGGACGUGGACGUGGACGUGGACGUGGACGUGGACGUGGACGUGGACGUGGUCGUGGACGUGGACGUGGACGUGGACGUGGACGUGGACGUGGACGUGGACGUUGACGUGGACGUGGACGUGGACGUGGACGUGGAGGUGGACGUGGAGGUGGACGUGGAGGUGGACGUGGAGGACUUGGACGUGGUCGUGGACGUGGACGUGGUCGUGGACGUGGUCGUGGACGUGGACGUGGUCGUGGACGUGGUCGUGGACGUGGACGUGGACGUGGUCGUGGACGUGGACGUGGACGUGGACGUGGACGUGGACGUGGUCGUGGACGUGGAGGACUUGGACGUGGACAUGGACGUGGACGUAGAAGUGGACAUGGACGUGGACGUGAACGUGGACGUGGACGUGGACGUGGACGUGGACGUUGACAUGGACGUGGACGUGGACGUGGACAUGGACGUGGACGUGGACGUGGACGUGGACCUGGUCGUGGACGUGGACGUGGACGUGGACCUGGACGUGGACGUGGACGUGGACGUGGACAUGGACGUGGACGUGGACGUGGACGUGGACCUGGACGUGGACGUGGACGUGGACGUGGACGUGGACGUGGACGUUGACGUGGACGUGGACGUGAACCUGGACGUGGACGUGGACGUGGACGUGGACGUGGACGUGGACAUGAACGUGAAGGUGGACGUGGACGUGGACGUGGAAGUGGACGUGGACGUGGACGUGGACGUGGAGGUGGACGUGGAGGUGGACGUGGAGGUGGACGUGGACGUGGACGUGGACGUGGACGUGGAGGUGGACGUGGACGUGGACGUGGACGUGGACGUGGACAUGGACAUGGACGUGGACGUGGACGUGGACGUGGACGUGGACCUCGACGUGGACGUGGACAUGGACGUGGACAUGGACGUGGACGUGGACGUAGACGUGGACAUGGACGUGGACGUUGACGUGGACGUGGACGUGGACGUGGACGUGGACGUGGACGUUGACGUGGACGUGGACGUGGACAUGGACGUGGACGUGGACGUGGACGUGGACAUGGACGUGGACGUGGACGUGGACGUGGACAUGGACGUGGACGUGGACAUGGACGUUGACAUGGACGUUGACGUGGACGUGGACGUGGACGUGGACGUGGACAUGGACGUGGACGUGGAUAUGGACGUGGAGAUGGACGUGGACGUGGACGUGGACGUGAACAUGGACGUGGACAUGGACGUGGACGUGGACAUGGACGUGGACAUGGACGUGGACAUGGAUAUGGACAUGGACGUGGACAUGGAUGUGGACAUGGAUAUGGACAUGGACGUGGACGUGGACGUGGACGUGGACGUGGACGUGGACGUGGUCGUGGACGUGGACGUGGACGUGGUCGUGGACGUGGACAUGGACAUGGACGUGGACGUGGACGUGGACGUGGACGUUGACGUGGACGUGGACGUGGACGUGGAAGAGGACGUGGACGUGGACGUGGACGUGGACGUGGACAUGGACGUGGACGUGGACGUGGACGUGGACGUGGACAUGGACGUGGACGUUGACGUGGACGUGGACGUGGACGUGGACGUGGACAUGGACGUGGACGUGGACGUGGACAUGAAUAUGGACGACGUGGACGUGGACGUGGACGUGGACAUAGAUGUGGACGUGGUCGUGGACGCGGUCGUGGACGCGGUCGUGGACGUGGUCCUGGACGUGGACGUGGACGUGGACGUGGACGUGGACGUAGACGUGGACGUGGACGUGGACGUGGAUGUGGACGUGGACGUGGAGGUGGACGUGGACGUGGACGUGGACGUGGACGUGGACGUGGAGGUGGACGUGGACGUGGACGUGGACGUGGACGUGGACAUGGACGUGGACGUGGACGUGGACGUGGACGUGGACGUGGACCUGGACGUGGACGUGGACAUGGACGUUGACAUGGACGUUGACGUGGACGUGGACGUGGACGUGGACGUGGACCUGGACGUGGACGUGGAUAUGGACGUAGAUAUGGACGUGGACGUGGACGUAAACAUGGACGUGGACAUGGACGUGGACGUGGACAUGGACGUGGACAUGGACGUGGACAUGGAUAUGGACAUGGACGUGGACGUGGACGUGGACGUGGACGUGGACGUGGACGUGGUCGUGGACGUGGACGUGGACGUGGACGUGGACGUGGACAUGGACGUGGACGUGGACGUGGAUAUGGACAUGGACGUGGACGUGGACGUGGACGUGGACGUGGACGUGGAAGAGGACGUGGACGUGGACGUGGACGUGGACGUGGACAUGGACGUGGACGUGGACGUGGACGUGGACGUGGACAUGGACGUGGACGUUGACGUGGACGUGGACGUGGACGUGGACAUGGACAUGGACGUGGACGUGGACGUGGACAUGAAUAUGGACGUGAAUAUGGACGUGGACAUGUCGUGGACGUGGACGUGUACGUGGACGUGGACGUGGACGUGGACGUGGACGUGGACGUGGACGUGGACGUGGACGUGGACGUGGACAUGGACGUGGACGUUGACCUGGACGUGGACUUGGACGUGGACGUGGACGUGGACUUGGACGUGGACGUGGACGUGGACGUGGACGUGGACAUGGACGUGGACGUGGACGGACGUGGACGUGGACGUGGACGUGGACGUGGACGUGGACGUGGACGUGGACGUGGAAGAGGACGUGGAAGUGGACGUUGACGUGGACGUGGACGUGGACGUUGACGUGGACGUGGACGUGGACGUGGACGUGGACGUGGACGUGGACGUGGACGUGGACGUGGACCUGGACGUGGACGUGGACGUGGACGUGGACCUGGACGUGGACCUGGACGUGGACGUGAAUAUGGACGUGGACGUGAAGAUGGACGUGGACAUGUCGUGGACGUGCACGUGGACGUGGACGUGGACGUGGACGUGGACGUGGACGUGGACGGUGGACGUGUACGUGGACGUGGGCGUGGACGUGGACGUGGACGUGGACGUGGACGUGGAGGUGGACGUGGACGUGGACGUGGAGGUGGACGUGGAGGUGGACGUGGAGGUGGACGUGGACGUGGACGUGGACGUGGACGUGGACGUGGACGUGGACGUGGACGUGGUCGUGGACGUGGACGUGGACGUGGACGUGGACGUGGACUUGGACGUGGACGUGGACGUCGACGUGGACCUGGACGUGGACAUGGACGUGGACGUGGACGUGGACGUGGUCGUGGACGUGGACGUGGACGUGGACGUGGACUUGGACGUCGACGUGGACGUGGACGUGGACGUGGACGUCGACGUCGACGUGGACCUGGACGUUGACAUGGACGUGGACGUGGACGUGGACGUGGACGUGGACGUGGACGUGGUCGUGGACGUGCACGUGGACGUGGACGUGGACGUGGACGUGGACGUGGACGUGGACGUGGACGUGGACGUGGACGUGGAGGUGGACGUGGAGGUGGACGUGGAGGUGGACGUGGAGGUGGAGGUGGAGGUGGACGUGGACGUGGACGUGGAGGUGGACGAGGACUUGGACGUGGACGUGGACGUGGACGUGGACGUGGACCUGGACGUGGACGUGGACGUGGACGUGGACGUGAACUUGGACGUGGACGUGGACGUGGACGUGGACCUGAACGUGGACGUGGACGUGGACGUGGACGUGGAAGUGGACGUGGACGUGGACGUGGACGUGGACGUGGACGUGGACGUGGACGUGGAGGUGGACGUGGAGGUGGACGUGGAGGUGGACGUGGACGUGGACGUGGAGGUGGACAUGGACGUGGACGUGAACGCGGAGGUGGACGCGGAGGUGGACGUGGAGGUGGACGUGGAGGUGGACGUGGAGGUGGACGUGGACGUGGACGUGGACGGGGACGUGGACGUGGACGUGGAGGUGGACGUGGACGUGGACAUGGACGUGGACGUGGACGUGGACGUGGACGUGGACGUAGACGUGGACGUGGACGUGGACAUGGACGUGGACGUGGACGUGGACGUGGACGUGGACGUGGACGUGGACGUGGACGUGGACGUGGACGUGGACAUGGACGUGGACGUUGACCUGGACGUGGACGUGGACGUGGACGUGGACUUGGACGUGGACGUGGACGUGGACGUGGACGUGGACGUGGACGGACGUGGACGUGGACGUGGACGUGGACGUGGACGUGGUCGUGGACGUGGACGUGGACGUGGACGUGGACGUUGA